CGACAGUGAGACGAUCUGCGGCCGUCCGAGGUUUUGUUUGCCAAAGCAUUAUGAAAAUUAUUUUCCGGUUAUAAAGGCUGUGAAAUGAAGAGGCCUCAACAUCAUGGGCCAAGGCUACUCCCUCACAACCCUUUCAGCGGGUUCGGCUGGGAUCGAUAUCCCUGAGCUCUCGGACUUGACGUAUGAGAAGUCCAUGGGCGGUGGCCGGUUUAUGAAAAGUAUCCGAGCAAGACAGAAAAAUGGCUUGGUGUUCGUAAAGGUAAUCAUGAAGCCUUAUCCCAGUUUGAAGCUGGAGCCAUAUGUCAAGGCCAUUAUUCGGGAACGCAAGCUGCUGUCAGAUGUUCCAAAUGCAUUAAGCUAUCAGAGAGUGCUAGAAACAAGCACCGGAGGAUACCUUGUUCGCCAGUACAUCCACAGCUCGCUUUACGAUCGAAUGAGCACCCGGCCCUUUCCAGAGGAUAUUGAGAAGAAGUGGAUUGCUUUCCAACUGCUAUGUGCUCUGCGAGACUGCCAUGCGCUCGACGUUUUUCACGGUGAUAUCAAGUCAGAGAAUGUCUUGGUGACGUCGUGGAAUUGGCUUUAUCUCUCUGAUUUCUCUUCCUCCUUUAAACCGACAUUCCUCCCUGAGGACAAUCCUGCAGAUUUCUCUUUUUAUUUUGAUACAUCGGGGCGUCGGACCUGCUAUUUAGCCCCGGAAAGAUUUCUCGUCGCGGGGGAAGAUCCGGGAAGCAGGCAUGUCAACUGGGCCAUGGACAUAUUUAGCGCAGGCUGCGUAAUAGCAGAGCUGUUUUUGGAGUCACCUAUCUUCACCCUGAGCCAGAUCUACAAGUACCGCAAAGGCGAGUACAGCCCUGAGCACAGCCAGCUCGUCAAAAUUGAAGACCCGGAGAUACGGGCUCUGAUCCUUCACAUGAUCCAACUCGACCCAGAGUCCAGGUACUCGGCAGAGGAGUAUUUGAAUUUCUGGAAGAACAAGGCUUUUCCUGAAUAUUUUUACAGUUUCCUGCAUCAGUACAUGUCGCUUAUGACUGAUCCGUCAUCUGGUAGAGCACAAGUGGAGGCCGAUUCCGCCAAUCGAGGCGAGGCUGAUGACAGGAUAGAAAGGGUUUAUCUUGACUUUGACAAAAUUUCUUACUUCCUAGGCGCAUCCCCCUCGGCAUCCAAGGACGGUUCCAGCAACACAACGUCGAGGCUUACCAGCAACCCUUUCCCCGUUCAACUUGACCUGCCACACUACGAGCACCAGAAUUCCAAGUCUUACUCGCAAAAUGACGACGGCGUGCUAGUUUUCCUAACUCUCGUGGUAUCAAAUCUCCGCAACACAUCCAAAUCGUCGGCCCGGAUCAAGGCUUGUGAUAUCCUUCUUGCUUUUGCUGAAAGGCUAUCGGAUGAAGCGAAGUUGGAUCGCAUUCUCCCCUACAUUAUGAUUCUCCUCAACGAUCGAACAGAUUCUGUGAAAGUGGCUGCUAUACGUGCGCUUGCGCAGCUAUUAGAAAUGGUGCAGGUAGUUUCUCCGGUCAACGCUUACCUUUUCUCAGAAUACAUUUUUCCAAGAAUACAGCCAUUUGUUCCCAGUGCCAACUCAAAUCCCAGCCCGUUAGUUCGCGCUGCGUAUGCAUCUUGUAUUGCAUCCCUCGCUCAAUCUUCGCUCAGGUUCCUGGAUAUGAUCCAAGCAUUGCGCUCCGAUACUCGACUACCUGACCUUAUACCAGCUGGCUCUGAACCUAGGUGGACCGAGGAUGCGACCUAUCAUAAUCUUUACGAUGUCGCAAGAGUCGAUCUUCUUGACUAUUUUGAAGCUCACACUAAAGCACUGCUAACCGAUAAUGAUGCUUCUGUCCGUCGUGCUUUCCUCGGGUCUGUGUCCAGCCUCUGCGUAUUCUUUGGCAAUCUGAAAACCAACGAGGUAAUCUUGAGCCAUCUCAAUACAUAUCUAAACGAUCGAGAUUGGAUCCUGAAGUGUGCGUUCUUUGAAGCUGUUGUCGGCGUUGCUGCUUAUGUAGGAAGCACCAGCCUAGAACAGUACAUUCUACCAUUGAUAGUACAGUCAAUGACAGAUCCGGAGGAGUUUGUUGUUGAGAAAGUGAUUCGUUCGCUUGCAGCAAUGUCUAAACUCGGCCUAUUCCAAAGAUCCACCACUUGGGAUCUUCUUCACGCCACAGUGCGUUUUCUAAUGCAUCCAAACAACUGGAUAAGAGAAGCGUCCGUUAGCCUCGUUGUUAACUCAACGAGGCAUCUUUCCGUGGCUGAUAAAUACUCUAUCCUCACACCUCUCAUCCGCCCUUUUCUAAAGGUCAACCUAAUAGGAUUUUCUGAGCGGGAGAUCCUCGACGCCCUCAAAGCUCCGCUCCCGAGAGGUGUAUAUGACUUGGCUUUUGUUUGGGCCUCAAAAACGGAGAAAGGAUUGUUCUGGAGGUCGAUAAGCCGCGAUGUUGCUUCAGGCCUCGAGGUCAGCGAUGGCUUACUCCCAAAGAGAAGCCAGAGAGCCUUCUCUUUGGGUUCGCAGCAGAAAAAUGAAGAGGACGAACAAUGGAUCACGAGAUUGAGGAACAUGGGAAUGGGUCCAGAAGACGAGUCUAAAUUGCUCGCCCUUAGGGAGUAUAUCUGGAAGGUCUCAUCACGCCAAGCAAAAGACCCCGACGGCGGGGUAUCUUCAUUAAAUAACGUCGUUGCUCUGAUGGAUUAUGGGGUGACCCCCCAAACAGUAUUCUUUGACAAAAACCAAAAUGCCAAAGUGCGCAGGAGUUCGUUAGGCAAAGCUCCUAGUAAUCGAACCGAAGACCGCAAAAUACAUACGAUUACUGACGCACUACUUGAUGCUUCAACCACCAUCGACAGCGCGUCAAACGCUCGGCGAAAGCACCUGCGGUCACGAAGCCAAGCAUCGACGGCCACUUUGACAGCUCCGCGACAAAGUGCGAUCGAUAUCAUUCGUGCAGAAUCCUCCCCAGGAUCUUCGCCGAUCGCAUCGUCUCCAAGCGCUGCGCCCGGAUCCCGGCCAUUUUCGCCACCUAACUCGGAUGCUGAGCACAGAGCCCUAGAAGGCAGGCGAAGCCCCGGGCAAGACAGCUCGUCGACGGAAACAGAACAUCUCAGUGUGAAGCGAUUGAAUGCCGGCGUACCAAAAAAGCCCAGUGCCAUCAGUUUACUCAAUCGCAGAGACACCGCGAAGGCGUAUGCCGAGACGGCCACAAGCUCUGCAAAUGCUUUUGGCAAGAUUGGAGUUCCCUCCUCCCAGCGAGAUGCAGCAGAACCCGCGAUCUCACCCACUCCGCUUGAAAGAAAACCUCUUGACCAGCAAGUGCAACAGUAUCGAGCCAACCACUCCUAUGGAGGGGAUGACCCAGUAGUUUUGAAGCUCUUAGACUCUGUGUUUGCGGAGAACUAUCCAACAGACUUUUUCGACCUCGGACCCUAUGUCAAAGAGGUGGACACACGGCGUCCUAUCAUGAAAUCCAACGAGCGCGAUACAUCUAAAGUCUGGAAACCAACGGGGGGACUUGUUGCUAUCUUUGGAGAACAUAGUGGGCCGGUGAAUAGGGUAGUUGUAGCCCCAGACCAUGCGUUCUUCAUCACGGCCUCGGACGAUGGAAGUGUUAAGAUUUGGGACACCACGCGUCUUGAGAAGAAUCUCACCCCGAGGUCCCGUCAAACGUAUCGGCAUUCCGCUGAAGCCAAGGUGAAAGCAUUGACAUUUGUUGAAAACACUCAUACUUUCGUCAGUGCUGCUACCGAUGGCAGUAUCCACGCAGUGAAGGUUGAUUAUCACAAUUCCAAUGGCACCGUUCGAUACGGGAAGCUUCAGCUCGUCCGUGAGUAUCAAUUGCCUGUGGCCGAUGAUGGUUCUCCAGAGUACGCCGUUUGGAUGGAACACUUCCGCGUGGAUGCGCAGUCGACUCUCCUUAUUGCAACAAGCAGGUGUCGGAUCCUCGCCUUGGACAUGAAGAACAUGCUCCCGGUCUUUAGCUUGCAGAACCCAAUUCAUCACGGAACACCUACCACUUUCUGCUGUGACCGUAAGCACAAUUGGCUUCUGGUCGGCACCACGCAUGGUAUACUCAACCUUUGGGAUCUCCGGUUCCAGGUACGACUUAAAGCUUGGGGCCUCGUAGGUUCCGGCGCCAUCCACAGGCUACAAGUCCAUCCAACGAAGGGCCGCGGUAGAUGGGUCUGCGUCUCGGGGGGUGGCAGCCACGGCAAUGAGAUCACGGUUUGGGAUAUUGAGAAGGUCCGGUGCCGGGAGGUAUAUCGAGCAGAUUCCCCUAGUCUCAGCAAUGGAGCAUCGAAUGUAGGUCACCUCAGCCCCUACGGGGAGAACAACAAGCUCAAGCACGUAUACAUGACGCCUAAGGAUUAUGAGGCGUGGCAUGUGGAAGGGGAUCGCCCUGAAGGAAUGCUCAGUCGAUUUGCAACAGACAGUCCCGGAGCGGUCGACAAUCCAUCUGGGCCUUCACCAACCACAGCACCAGCAGGGAUCUGCUCUUUUGCUGUGGGAUUCGACUCCCCCGAUGAUGGUCGGGACAAUAGCACGCGGUGCGGAUUCAUCGUAUCUGGCGGCUGCGACCGCAAGAUUCGAUUUUGGGAUUUGGCGCGGCCAGAACUGUCGACUGUUGUUAGUGGGCUAGAGGCUGUUUCGGAUGGAGGACCAACGGGGACGCCACGGUAUGAGCUGUCUCAACCGGGACCGUCACUGCUGGUGACUACGGAGCAUCUUCCGAGCUCCUCGAGCGCAUCAACAGGAAACGGAAAGGGCAGCAGUGCUAGGAAAGGGGGCAGUGGGCGACUGCCCCGGAGCACGGUGAUUAGUCUGCAACAGCAGCAGCUAUUAAAGAGUCACCUAGAUUUUAUUCAAGACAUUGCGGUCGUGCGGGUACCAUAUGGGAUGGUCAUCAGCGUUGAUCGAGCAGGAAUGGUUUAUGUAUUCCAGUGAUCACUUCUUUAACGACAUGACAGUGUAUGAUAGUUGAUCAAGCUACUUAGAGAAUUAAAUCCAUGCAUGAC